AGCACAGACAGACCAUCUGAAACUAAUAUCUGUGAACAGUAGUCACUGCUUUGUGAUCAUGGCCAGCAUCUCUAGCACAGUUAGUAGCCUGGCAAUGAGAAAGUUCUAUUUAGUGCUUUUGGUAUUGCUAGGCUGCAGCUACUCAUCUGUAGGACAGGUAUCGAAAGUGAGUGCAGGUGACACUCAAACACUAGGGUCUAUAGAUGGACACAGUGGCAUCGACCUACUGAAAGCUCUGCGGGCUUUGGAAGCCAAGCUCCGGGCCAAUGAAGCGGAGCUGGAAAGGCUAAAGAAAAAAGACAGCCAUAAAAUAGGAUUUGCUGCUUCUCUGGGAAACAAAGGAAACUAUGGACCCUUUAGCAUGGAUACCAAAUUAGUCUACAGUAACGUCUUUUCCAACACUGGGAAUGCUUACAAUCCCAGUACAGGCAUGUUUACGGCACCCAUUAAAGGACUUUACUACUUCAGUUUCUCUGGAAUUAAUUCACCAUCAACAUCUAUGUUCCUGCUACUCUAUAAAAAUGAGAAGUUUAUAUUAAGCUGUUAUACUGACCCGUCAGAUGACCGUUUUUAUACAGCUUCCAAUUCAGUGUCUCUGAAUCUGGAGGUGGGAGACCAGGUGUAUAUAAAUCUUGGAAGAAACACAUCUGUCUUUAAUAAUGACAAUGACCACACCACUUUUGUGGGCCAUUUGCUUUUUGUAAAUUUAGAAUAAUACUUCUAUCGAAACAAAGUGAGCAUUAAUCAUUCUGUAAUUAAUAAACUGUGAAAAUUGCUAGUUG